CUAUGCCCUUUAAAGUGCUGCAUGAUUGCAAUUCUGCACAGUGAAUAACUGACCUUUCGUUAAAUGUUUUCUUGAUCAUUCAAACUUUACCCUCUUACUGUUGAGUAGUGCUUGAGACUUGGAAAGCAUUUUGAAUCUACUGUUUGGUUAAGCCUACCUCUUAUAAACAUUAUGGAUUUACUGAUAUUGGGUUAUAAUUCUGCAUGAAAAUAUUUUUGGAACAACCGAGCCUUUUUUUCAGAUGGAAGAGUGAUUUUCCUCUCUCAUUGUUCCAAUUGCAGAAGUUAUUUCAUCACACUAUUGGUUUGUUCUUGUAUGGAUACAGAAGUGUACACUCUUCCUAGAUGUAUUGAUAGCUAAUAUCAGGAUCAUUCCUUCCAUAUUUCCUGGGAGAAACUGCACAGAAUAUUCAAAUUGAGAGCAUUGAUUGCACACUUCUAAUGAUUCUGCUUACUUUCUGCUAUCCUAAAGGGACUUGAUAAGCAAGAUGGAUAACAAUGACAGUGAGAAGUCACCAGAGACAUUGCAUCUUGAGCAGAUGCCCUUUAAUUCCAAUAAAUCAGCACAAAAUUAUACAGCAUGUGAAUGGGAAGGAGAAGGACAGAGGGAUGGAGAUGGAGAGAAGGAUCAAGGUAGAAGGAAGACAACUAUGAAGGAAAAUCUGCUAGAGGAGGAUAAAGAAUCCAUGUCAAUGAAAGACACCUCUAGAUGGCGCUCUGCAGCAUUGGCCGUUUCUUGGGCUUCUGUAGUUGGUCUUCUCAUCGUUGGUAUUCUAAGCUUUGUUGUAGCAGAAACAACACAAAGUUCAGCAGCAUUUGGAUUUGGUUUUGACUGUUUAUUGGAUGUUGGAACAUCAGCAGUUGUUAUCUGGAGAUUCACUGGCUCUCUGGGAUCAGUUUAUUCAGAAAAGAAAGAAAGAAUAUCUCUUCUGUUCCUAGGCUCUCUCUUCAUCGUAGCAGCCGUUUCUAUAUUUGCCAGGGCAAUUCCAGAUCUGAUAGCAAAUACAGAGACCAUAAGUGGUAUGUGGCUAAUGAUUCUUGCUGGAGUGAGUGUAUUUAUUUGUUCAACGUUAGCUAUUCUAAAAUUCAUCAUUGCCAAGAAAUUAGACAGUACAAGCAUCCAGUCAGAUGGCUACAGCUCAUUAGCUGGGGGGAUCACAGCUCUCUCCAUGCUCAUCAGUACGACAAUCAUCCAUUUUGAUUACCAUGUUUGGUAUCUGGAUGAAAUCGUUGGUAUCGUGGUUGGUCUUCUUCUUGCAGCCUAUGGAAUCAAAUUACUGGUGGAAGUGACACAGAGCUCAGAUUUGAAGAUUUCCUUGAAAUCUUGUCUUCCGCAACAAAAUUGAUCAAGUCAUCUAGAAUCUUAUGAAGAAGUUCUCAUCCAGUGCAACAGCUUAUAUAGACUACAGUAAUGCAUUUGACAAGAGGAAGGCUUAAGAAAAGCAAAAUAAUCCUGAAAUGAAUAUUUUCUACUUCAUGCCCUUGCCAAAUUAAGAAAUCAAAUGACAAUUGAGUUAUCUUGACAACCGUAGUCCAUUACAGUGUGCAAGCGUGGAAUUGUUUGCUGGAAGAAAAGGAGAAAGGGUUUCCUGAAUAAAUCCUGUACUACACUCAGCUACAGAGGGCAGCAUUGAUGAUUGUGAUUUUUUUACGAAUGUCUUUCCAUAGACUCGUGUGUUAAAGUGGCAUUUUGAAAAAAAUAAUAAUA